UUCCCCCGCGAGAGGAGAGGAAAGCCCAUUUCGGCCACCGUCUCCGAUGCCUUCCUCGGCACCACGCCGCCGCUCGCCGCCGCCGGCGACCUACACGGACCCUGCCCUGCUCUCGCGGCUCCGUCUCGCGGCCGGGCAGGCCUCCCCGCGGCGACUCCUCCUGCAGGCCCUGUCCCUCGUCCUCACCUCCGGCCUCUCCUCCUCCCACCGGGCCCUCGCCUCCCGCCUCCUCAACUCCCUCCUCCCACACCUCCCCCACAGCCACCUCCUCCGCGUCCUCCCCUUCGACCACCUCACGCUGCUCCUCCUCCUCUCCUCCGGCCGCCACAGCCGCGCGGGUGCGGCUCUCUCCCUCCCGGCCGCCACCGCGCUCCACGCGCUCGCCGUCCGCGCCGGCCACCUCCCGGCCGACCUCCGCCUCGCCAACUCCCUCCUCUCUAUCUACCUCUCCCUCGGCGCCGCUUCCUCCGCGCGCCGCCUCAUCGCCGACAUCCCCCGCCCGGACACCGUCACCUGGAACACCCUCCUGCGCGCCUGCCUCCGCUCCGGCCUGCUCCCUUCCGCCCGCCGCCUGUUCGACCAAAUGCCACACCGGGACCUCGUCUCCUACAACUCCAUGCUGUCCAGCUAUGCCGCCGUGGGGGACAUGGCCGGCGCUGGGCGGCUGUUCGACGAGAUGCCCGAGAGGGACGUGGUCACCUGGAACACGAUGCUUGCGGGGUACGCCCGCGGCGGGGCGGACAUGGCGAGCGCCAGGGCGGUGUUCGACGCGAUGCCGGAGAGGGACGUCGUGUCGUGGAACUCGAUGCUCGACGGGUACGCGCAGGCCGGGGACGUCGUGAUGGCGUGGGCCAUGUUCGAUGGCAUGCCGAGGAGGAGCGCCGCGUCCUGGAACGUCGUCCUGGCGCUGUACGCGCGGCGGAAGGACUGGCGCGAGUGUCUGAGGCUGUUUGACGCGAUGAUGGCCGUGGGGGUUAGCGUGCCGAACGAGAAGACGUUCGUGAGCGUCCUGACGGCUUGCGGGAGCCUGGGCGAUCUUGAGAGGGGGAAGUGGGUGCAUGGUUUGGUCCGAGAGAGGUGGGAUAGGCUUGUGCCGGAUGUUCUUCUGCUUACUGCGCUGCUGACGAUGUAUGCCAAGUGUGGGGCGAUGGAGACCGCGAGGGAGAUCUUCGAUUCGAUGAGUGAAAGGAGUGUACCGUCGUGGAACUCGAUGAUCAUUGGUUAUGGGCUGCAUGGGCAGAGUGAGAAGGCUCUUGAGUUGUUCCUGGAGAUGGAGAAGAGUGGGCCUAGGCCAAAUGAGACGACUUUCAUCUGUGUGUUGAGCUCCUGUGCUCACGGUGGCUUGGUGCUUGAAGGCUGGUGGUGCUUCGAUAGGAUGGUCAGGUUCUACGGUUUUGAGCCUAAGGCUGAGCAUUUUGGAUGUAUGAUGGACCUCCUUGGCCGUGCUGGACUUCUCAAAGACUCAGAGAACCUCAUCCAGAAUUUGCAAGGGAAGGCGUCCCCAGCAUUGUGGGGCAUCAUGAUGUCAGCCUCUCAAACGCAGAACAAUUACAAGCUUGGAGAGUUUGUCGGGAAGAAACUGAUUGAAAUGAAGCCAGCAGAGUUCGGCCCAUACUUGCUCCUCUCAAACAUUUAUGCCUCAGAAGGGAGAUGGGGCGACGUCGAGAAAGUAAGGGAGGUGAUGAAGGAGAAUGGGGCUGAAAAAUACGUGGGUUUGAGCCUCAUAGGAUCGAGCGAAUCAGAGCCCCGUCCUGCUACUGAAGACGGCAUCACAGUUCCACGGGAUGACGUGAUGCUGUCAAUGCUGGGUGAGAUGAGCGUGCACAUGAAGCUGCCCAAAUGCAGGGAAGGAAGCCUCUGAGCAGUUCUGUGCGACCGACCAUCAAAUUAAGGAGAUCGGGUACUGUUUCACUCCGAGUAUAGCGAUGUCACACACGAAGAUUACGCCAUGUUUAUGCUGAUACUGGAGAGCAUCAAGUUCCUAUCGGUAUUUAUCUCAUGCCAGGACCAAUAUUGCAGAAACAAAGCCGAGAAAACGUGACAGAGCAAGCAAUCGAACCCAUCGAACCCAAAAGAAAUCAAAUUCCAAAGUCAAUGAAGGUGUCCCCAGGUCCAGCUCUGGGUAAUGGACGAUCAAAGAUGGUGUGCUGACUGAUAGGAUCGGCUGCUACUAUUAUUUGCCAUAGCGUUUAAUCCUUGUGAUACAUCGUUAUUAAUUUGUCUUCAAGAA